CGUGGCCACAAGUCUCCAGACCUUCCCGUCCCCCAGGAGCUUGGUGGCCGCCCACUCCGCGGGAUGACCUUCGUGUCCCCUCUGAGGACGGCCCCGGUGGUUCGAGCCCGGAACCCCGCGCACAACGGGCGCGUGUGCAGCACCUGGGGCGACUUCCACUACAAGACCUUCGACGGGGACGUCUUCCGCUUCCCGGGCCUGUGCAACUAUGUCUUCUCCGCGCACUGCGGCGCCGCCUACGAGGACUUCAACGUCCAGCUCCGCCGCGGCCGGGAGUCCAACACCGCCAUGGUCAUCAGAGUCACCAUGAAGCUCGAUGGCAUGGUCAUCCAGCUGACCAAGGACUCCAUCCUGGUCAACGGCCACCUAGUUCAGCUGCCCUUUAGCCAGUCCGGGGUCUUCAUCGAGUUCAGCAGCAGCUAUCUGAAGGUGGUGGCCCGGCUGGGCCUGGUCUUCAUGUGGGACCAAGACGACAGCGUGCUGCUGGAGCUGGACCCCAAGUACAGCAACCAGACCUGUGGGCUCUGCGGAGACUUCAGCGGUCAGCCUGUGUUCAACGAGUUCCUCUCCCAUGGUGUCAAGCUGACCCCCAUCGAGUUUGGGAAUCUGCAGAAGAUAGACGGCCCCACAGAGCAGUGUCAGGACCCUGUCCCUGUGCCCCCAAGGGACUGCUCGCCCGGCACUGGCAUCUGUGAGGAGGUACUAAGCAGCUGGCUGUUCUCGGGCUGCCGCACUCUGGUGGACGCCAGCAGCUACGUGCAGGCCUGCCGGCAAGACCUCUGCCUCUGUGAGCACGCCAACCGCACCAGCUGCAUCUGCCCCACGCUCGCCGAGUACUCCCGCCAGUGCACCCACGCCGGGGGGCUGCCCCUGGACUGGAGGGGCCCCCACCUCUGCCCCCAGACCUGCCCCCUCAACAUGCAGCACCAUGAGUGCGGCUCGCCCUGCACCGACACCUGCUCCAACCCGGAGCACUCCCAGCUCUGCGAGGACCACUGCGUGGCCGGCUGCUUCUGUCCUGAGGGGACGGUGCUCGAUGACAUCGGCCAGACCGGCUGCAUCCCCGCAUCCCAGUGCGCCUGUGUGCACAACGGGGCCACCUAUGCUCCCGGAGCUGGCUAUGCCACGGACUGCACCAACUGCACCUGCUCCAGAGGCCGGUGGAACUGCCGGGAGCUGCCGUGCCCGGGCACCUGCUCGGUGCUGGGGGGCGCCCACUUCUCCACGUUCGACGAGAGGCAGUACACCGUGCACGGAGACUGCAGCUACGUGCUGGCCAAGCCCUGUAACGGCAGCGUCUUCACCGUGCUGGCCGAGCUGCGCAGGUGCGGCCUGACGGACAGCGAGACGUGCCUGAGGAGCCUGACGCUGAGCCUGGGCGGGGGUCGCACGGUCAUCACGGUCAAGGCCAGCGGAGAGGUGUUUGUGAACCAGAUCUUCACCCAGAUGCCUGUCUCCGCAGCCAACGUCACCCUCUUCAGACCCUCGACCUUCUUCAUCAUUGCCCAGACCAACCUGGGCCUGCAGCUGAGUAUCCAGCUGGCGCCUCUCAUGCAGGUGUUUGUGAGGCUGGGGCCCGAGCUCCGCGGGCGGACGUGCGGCCUGUGCGGGAACUUCAACCAGAACCAGGCCGACGACUUCCGGACCCUCAGCGGCGUGGUGGAGGGCGCGGCCGCCGCCUUCGCCAACACCUGGAAGACCCAGGCCGCCUGCCCCAAUGUUAAGAACAGCUUGGAGGACCCCUGCUCCCUCAGCGUGGAGAACGAGAAGUAUGCUCAGCACUGGUGCUCCCGGCUGAUGGACCCCCACGGCCCCUUUGCCCGGUGCCAUGCUGCCGUGAACCCCGGCACCUACUACUCGAACUGCAUGUUCGACACGUGUAACUGUGAGAAGAGCGAGGACUGCCUGUGCGCGGCCCUGUCCUCCUACGUGCACGCUUGUGCCUCCAAGGGGGUGCUGCUCUGUGGCUGGAGGGACGGCGUGUGCACGAAGUCCAUGACCACCUGCCCAAAGUCGCUGACCUACCGCUACCACAUCAGCACCUGCCAGCCCACCUGCCGGGCCCGGAGUCACGAGGACGUCACCUGUGGCAUCAGCUUUGUCCCCGUGGACGGCUGCACCUGCCCCCGUGGCACCUUCAUGGACGAUGCGGGCAAGUGUGUGCCGGCCACCAGCUGUCCCUGCUACUACGGGGGCUCCGUGGUCCCCAACGGGGAGUCACUGCAUGAGCGUGGAGUCAUCUGCACCUGCACCCAAGGCACGCUGACGUGCAUCGGAGGCCAGUUUCCCACCCCAGUCUGCACGCCGCCCAUGGUCUACCUCGACUGUCGCAACGCCACGCCGGGGACCGCUGGGGCCGGCUGUCAGAAGAGCUGCUUCACCCUGGACAUGGACUGUUACAGCUCCCAGUGCGAGCCUGGCUGCGUGUGUCCCGACGGGCUGGUGGCCGACGGCGAGGGCCGCUGCAUUGCCGCAGCAGACUGCCCCUGUGUGCACAACGAGGCCAGCUACCUGCCCGGCCAGACCGUCCGGGUGGGCUGCAACACCUGCACCUGUAAGAACAGGAUGUGGCAGUGCACAGACGAGGCCUGCCUGGCCACCUGCGCCGUGUACGGGGACGGCCAUUACCUCACCUUCGAUGGCAGGCGUUUCAGUUUCAGCGGGGACUGCGCCUACACCCUGCUUCAGGACCACUGUGGUGGGAACGGCACCACCAACGGGACCUUCCGCGUCGUCACCGAGAACGUCCCCUGCGGGACCACGGGCGUCACCUGCUCCAAGGCCAUCAAGCUGUUCCUGGGGAGCUACGAGCUGAGGCUGAGUGACGGUGGUGUGGAGGUGAUCGAGAAGGGUGCCGGGCAGGAGGCCCCCUACUCCAUCCGCCAGAUGGGUAUCUACCUGGUGGUGGACACCGAGGCCGGCCUGGUGCUGCUGUGGGACAGGAAGACCAGCAUCUUCCUCAAACUCAGCCCUGAGUUCAAGGGCCGGGUCUGUGGGCUGUGCGGGAACUUCGACGACAACGCGGGCAAUGACUUCACCACGCGGAGCCGGUCCGUGGUGGGCAGCGCGCUGGAGUUUGGCAACAGCUGGAAGUUCUCCCCGUCCUGCCCCGACACCCCGGCCCCCAGGGACCCCUGCGCCGCCAACCCGUACCGCAAGUCCUGGGCCCAGAAACAGUGCAGCAUCAUCAACGGUGCCGCCUUCGCCGCCUGCCAUGCCCACGUGGAACCCGCCAAGUACUACGCGGCCUGUGUGGGCGACGCGUGCGCCUGUGACUCGGGUGGCGACUGUGAGUGUUUCUGCACGGCCGUGGCCGCCUACGCCCAGGCCUGCCACGACGUGGGCGUGUGCGUGUCCUGGAGGACCCCGGACAUCUGCCCCCUGUUCUGUGACUACUACAACCCAGAGGGUCAGUGCGAGUGGCACUACCAGCCGUGCGGCGCGCCCUGCAUGAGAACCUGCCGGAACCCGAGCGGCCGCUGUCUGCACGACCUGCGUGGCCUGGAAGGCUGCUACCCCAAGUGCCCGCCUGAGGCCCCCAUCUUUGACGAGGACCAGAUGCAGUGUGUGGCCACGUGCCCGACCCCACCCCCACCGCUGCCCUGCCGCGUCCAGGGCAAGUCAUACCGGCCAGGCACGGCAGUGCCCUCUGACAAGAACUGCCACUCCUGCAUUUGCACCGAGAGCGGCGUGCACUGUGUCUACGACUCUGAGGCCUGCGUCUGCACCUACGACGGACGGCGCUUCCGUCCGGGGGACGUCAUCUACCACACGACUGACGGCACCGGCGGGUGCAUCUCUGCCCGCUGCUCUGCCAGCGGCACCAUCGAGAGGGACGUCUACACCUGCAGCCCCACAACCCCCGCGCCGCCCACCACCUUCUCCUUCUCCACGUCCCCUCUCGUCGUGAGCUCAACACGUCCGGCCCGCACAUGCCACACCCGUGCCAAGAGCACGGCGCACACAGGCAUAACCUCCAGUCCGACCGUCCAGCCCUUCCCCUGUGGGGAGGAGUGCCAGUGGUCACCAUGGCUGGAUGUCAGCCAUCCGGGACGGGGCAUCGACAGCGGUGACUUCGACACGCUGGAGAACCUCCGUGCCCAUGGGUACCAGGUUUGCGCGGUGCCGAAGAGAGUGGAGUGCCAAGCUGAGGGGGCCCCUGGGGUGCCGCUCGAAGUCCUGGGGCAGCACGUAGAAUGCAGCCCGAUGGUGGGCCUGAGCUGCUACAACCGCAACCAGACGUCAGGGCUCUGCCACAACUACCAGAUCAGGACUCUGUGCUGCUUCCCCCGGACCUGCCGCACCCCCAGCAGCCCAGCCCAGACCACUCCUCCUGCAACUUCCCGGAGUACAGAAACUGGGCCCACGCAAGGGGUUAGCAAGGUUCCAUCCGUGCCAACCAGCGAAACACCUGCCCCAGGUACCCCUACACCUGUCCCGGGUACCACCGCGAGCACCCCGGGCACUCCUACGACUGCCGGGCUGAAAACCACUCUCUCCAUUCCGAGCCCAGUUUCCACAACACGUGGGCCUUGUUUGCAAAAGUUGUGCACGUGGACCCAGUGGUUUGACAGCAGCUACCCUGGGCCUGGUAUAAACAGUGGAGAUUUUGACACUUUUCCUUAUUUGAGAUCCAAAGGACAUAAAUUCUGUGAAAAGCCCAGCAAUGUGGAGUGCAGGGCAAAGUACUUCCCAAACAUCCCACUGGAGGAGUUGGGACAGGACGUGAUCUGUAACAAGAACGUGGGGCUCAUAUGCCUGAAUAAGAACCAGACGCCCCCAAUCUGCUAUAACUAUGAAAUCCGGAUCGAGUGCUGUGAGCUGCAGGACGUGUGCAGAAGCACCUCACACCCUGUGAUAUUGGAGACCACACACUCGACCUCGAGGGAAACUGAGACCCACACACAGCUUACCUGGACCACUGGAAUUCCCUUCUCUCCCACACAACAGAGCAGAACCAGCUCACCGCCCAUGCACCCCAAAACCAGCACGACACCCGGCACACACUUGGUCUCCUCACCGGUGACUGUCACCUGCCAGCCACAGUGCACGUGGACCAAGUGGUUUGACGUGGACUUCCCGUCCCCGGGGCCCCACGGAGGAGACGUGGAAACCUACUACAACAUCAAGAGAAAGGGAGAGAAAAUCUGCCGCCGGCCCGAGUACAUCUCGCAGCUGGAGUGCCGGGCUGAGAGCCACCCCGACGUCAGCAUCGAGGAGCUGGACCAGGUGGUGCAGUGCGACCUCAGCAAGGGCCUGGUGUGCAGAAAUCAGGACCAAGAGGGCAAUAUCGGGAUGUGCCUCAACUAUGAGGUCCGGGUGUUGUGCUGUGAGCCCCCAGAGAAGUGCUCAAGCCACAAAACAGUCACAGUCCCUCACACCCCGAAAACCAGCCCAAUCUCUUUGCCAGAAACAAGGUCAACCUCCGCGCCACUGCCCAGCUCCGCGGCGCCUUCCACCAGGACAUGCUACUGCAGUGUGUCUGGCAAGCUGUACCCCGCAGGAUCCAUCAUUUACCAACAGACCGACCUCGCCGGCCACUGCUAUUAUGCCUUGUGCAGUCUGGACUGUCACGUGGUCAGGCGGACGGACCAGGCCUGCCCCAGCAGCGUGCCAACUCCUGCCCCGACCACCUCCCCACCUGGGUCCUCCCCUUCGGUCCCUGUGCCCGUCACUAAGCAGGGAUGCCCAAAUGCAGUCCCUCCAAGAAUGAGAGGCGAGACCUGGCCCAUGCCCAACUGCUCUCAGGCCACCUGCGAGGGCAACGGCGUCAUCACUGUGCAGCCGCGCCCGUGCCCACAGGCACAGCCGCCGACCUGCGCCAACGGCUUCCCCCCCGUGAAGGUGGCCGACCACAACAGCUGCUGCCCACACUACCAGUGCCAGUGUGUGUGCAGCGGCUGGGGCGACCCCCACUACAUCACCUUUGACGGCACGUACUACACGUUCCUGGACAACUGCACGUACGUGCUCGUGCAGCAGAUCGUGCCCGUGUACGGCCGCUUCCGCGUGCUCAUCGACAACUACUUCUGCGGGGCCAAGAACGGGCUCUCCUGCCCGCAGUCCCUCAUCGUGGAGUACCGGCAGGACCGCGUCGUGCUGACCCGCAGGCCCGUCCUCGGGGUGAUGACCAACCAGAUCAUCUUCAACGAUAAAGUGGUCAGGCCCGGCUUCCAGAAAGAUGGCGUGAGCGUGUCCCAAAUCGGCAUCAAGAUGUAUGUGACCAUCCCCGAACUAGGCGUCCAGGUCAUGUUCUCUGGCCUCAUCUUCUCGGUGCAGGUGCCUUUCAGCAAGUUUGCGAACAACACGGAGGGCCAGUGCGGCACCUGCACCAAUGACAAGAAGGAUGAGUGUCGCCUGCCCGGGGGGGCGGUGGCGGCCUCCUGCUCCGAGAUGUCUGGCCACUGGAAGGUGACAACGCCCCACCAGCCGUUCUGCCACGGGCCUUCCCCGACUCCCACCGUAGCCAGGCCCACGCCCUCACCCACCCUGUGCUCAUCGUCAUCCAUCUGCCAGCUGAUUCUGAGCAAGGUCUUCGAGCGGUGCCACGCUGUGAUCCCCCCGCUGACAUUCUACCAAGGCUGCGUCUUCGACCAGUGCCGUGUGAACAGCUCAGACGUGGUAUGCUCCGGCUUGGAGCUGUACGCGGCCCUCUGCGCCUCCCACGGCGUGUGCAUCAACUGGAGGAAACACACCAACCACACGUGCCUGUUCACCUGCCCUGCGGACAAGGUGUACCAGCCCUGCGGCCCGUCCAGGCUCUCCUACUGCUAUGGGAGUGACAACGCCAGCCUCAUGGCUCUGCGGGACGCUGGCCCCAUCACAGAAGGCUGCUUCUGUCCAGAGGACAUGAUGCUUUUCAGCACGAGCUCUGAAGUCUGUGUGCCCAUAGACUGUCACAAGUGCCUGGGGCCCCACGGGGAGCCUGUGGAGCCUGGCCACACCAUCAACGUGGACUGCCAGAGAUGCACCUGUGAGAACGGCACGCUGACUAUGAGCUGUCAGAGGCAGCCUUGCCCCCUGCCCCCAGCCUGCCCCGUGCCCGGCUUCGUGCCUGUACCUGCAGCCCCCCAGGCCAACCAGUGCUGUCCCCAGUACAACUGCGCCUGCGACACCAGCUACUGCCCCAAGCCCGUGGCCUGUCCCGAGGGCUCCCGCCCAAUCCUGACCUAUGAGGAGGGGGCCUGCUGCCCGAGCCAAAACUGCAGCUGGAGUGUCUGCAGCAUCAACGGCACCUUGUACCAGCCCGGCUCCGUGGUCUCCUCCAGUCUGUGUGAAACGUGCCGGUGUGAGGCGUCCGGCAGCCCCCAUUCGGACACCGCAGUGAUCAGCUGUGAGACCCAGAUCUGCAGCACCCACUGCCCCGUGGGCUUCGAGUACCAGGAGCAGAGCGGGCAGUGCUGCGGGGUGUGCGUCCAGCAGGCCUGCGUCGUGAACAUCAGCGACAGCUCCACCCGCCUCUUCUAUCCCGGCCAGUCCUGGUCAGACCCCCGGAACCCCUGUGUGACCCACGAGUGUGAGAAGCACCGGGAUGGGCUUGUGGUGGUGACCAGGAAGAAGGCGUGUCCCCCACUCAGCUGUCCCGCGGACCGGGCUCAGCUGAGCGACGACGGCUGCUGUCUGUCCUGCCCACCACCCCAGUCCCAGAACAGGUCGACCUGCGCCAUGUUCCACGAGCACCAGGUCAUCAGGCAGCAAGGCUGCAGCUCCCUCCGGCCCGUACUCCUCACCUACUGCCGGGGCAACUGCGGGGACAGCGCCUCCAUGUACUCGCCGGAGGCCAAUGCGGUACAGCGCCGCUGCGAGUGCUGCCGGGAGCUGCGGGUGUCCCCGAGGAAUGUGACCCUGCGCUGUGCGGACGGCUCCAGCCGGGCCUUCAGCUACCCCCAGGUGGAGGAAUGCGGCUGCGUGGGGCAGCACUGUGGCUCCCACGGCAGCCCGGGCCACACGCAGAGUGUCGAGGAGCAGAGCCAGGAGAUCGAGCGCACGGGCUGGAGGACGGGGUCCAGGGCCACAGGCCCCGCCAGCAGACUGACCGGCACCCGUCCUCGGGGCUCCCGGCCACCCUCCUCCACGAUACACCAAUAACAGCAACCUAUUCCCUACGGCGUCGGCUCCAGGGACCCGAGGCCAGGACGCCCUGCCCGCCCACCUCGUCCCUCCCCGGAGUCCGGCUGGCCCUUGCAUGUGUGGUGGCCCGACCAACCUACAGCCCCACUCGGGACCAGUCUGGGGUGGGAGGGCUCCUCAGGCCACGGGUCCAGCCUGCGUUCCCAGGACUCGAGCAUCACAUAGGGGUCUUAUCAACGACGGUCACUUGGACUUGGUGCCCGAUGUUUGGCUGACCACCAGGAGGCACAGCCUCACCCCUACCCUGGCCCUGAGCCUCAGGAAAUGACCA